GAAGGGAUCUACAAAGGCAGAAAUCUGACAUUGCGACGAUCAAAAAGGAUUUUGAAGAGGCUCUGGCCGAAUGUAGCAGCAUUGCCAUCAACGUUCGAGAGCGUCUGGGAGAAAUCUGCACUUUCACCGAGUACAUUCGUUCAUACGACAAAAUUCUCCUCAGAGGCGCAAACGAAAUCACUGUUCGUGAACUUGAACGAACUAAAUUGCUCAGUUUGGCUGACGAGCUUCGAAAACAUGUCCUAAUAGUGAAAAUCAAGUACUGUAGAUAAUCAUUUCAUUAACUACAAGAGAAAACUGGAUACGAGUUUAUAUGAUUUAAAGAAAUUUAAUACAUUUUUAGUCAACCUGACGAGUCGGUGUUUUUCAAUAAAAUUGAAAAGCUACGGAAGGAGUUUUAUGAAAUAACAGAACAGCGACGAACAUUGGAACUGCAGUUAAAUGAAGAUGACAACCCCCAGAGGCAUAUACCCACCCCAUUUAAUUAAAUCAGAUUUCUCCAAUAUGCAUGCUAAUAAUUCUAAACAAAAAUAUAGAGUUCGAGAAAUUAAUUUUGAUCUCAUGAAGACACGAGAAAAUAUUCCAGUACUGGAAAAGAAACUUAACGCAAUAGAAGAACUGUUGGCAUCAAGGGAUGCGAUUGGGUUGGAAAGGACGCUCCUUGAAAAUCAUGUUACCAGAAUCACGGACGAUUCCUUAUUCAAAGCACUCAAGUUAAAGCAGAAAUUUGGACCUCAUGUCAAGGCUCGCGUGACAAUAAGAAAGAAUUUAAGUCAGGUUUCAAGACAAAUUGAUGGACUCAUUUGUGAGAAUUCCAUUGCUUCGACUCAGGCUGACACUGCUGAAACAAUGUACAUUUACUUUCGUAAGGAACUUGCAGAGGCUGAGGAGAACUGUGCAAAAGGAUUGCCUCCAAAUAAAGCGAUUCACGAAGAGUGGAAACGCCUUCAGUGGAAAAAGGAAAUGUUACGCAGAGCUUAUCAAAAACAAAGUGGAUUUUUACGUCCGAUUAAACACAAACAGGGCUAUCAAGUAAAUUCUGAAAAACUACGAAAAACUUGCCGUAGGAAAUUGGAAGACCCAACUGACAGCGCAUUGGGUUGGUCUUUCAGCGUAGAACAAUCAAGAAGUGCGUCUGCCUAUCGGCCACCUUUGGAGCUGAAAUUUCAAAAUUCUGCAAUGAACCCACGCCUCUCCUGUACUAAGAGAGGAGUUCUACCUAUUUUAGUGUCCACCCCAACUCAGAAGAUGCUUAAACCUAAGAAACUAAAGUAGGUGGUGCACAAAGAAAUAGCAUCCACUUGUAUUAUAUUCCAUUGUCAUGAAAUUAAAGUCAAUUAAAUUAAAGCAAAAUAAGUUGAGUGAUAAUGUGACGAUUAUUGGCCGUUAUUGUGUCGUCGUUCAGAGCUGUAAUUUAUUAUUCAGCUAUUAGGCAGUUCACUACAAUAAUUACCAAUAAUAAUAAAUUCAUAAGUAUGAUUAACAUUAAUAAUUAACAGCCUGACAGCUCCUAUUGCUUACAUCCACAAUACUAUAAAGUGACUUAAUAUGA